AUGAAUGUCGGCACGGCUCACAGCGAGGUGAACCCCAACACGCGGGUGAUGAACAGCCGGGGCAUCUGGCUCUCCUACCUCCUGGGUAUCGGCCUGUUGCACGUCAUCCUGCUCAGCAUCCCCUUCGCUAGCGUACCCAUAGUUUGGACCCUCACCAACAUCAUACACAACCUUGCAUGUACUUUGUUGUUACACUUGGUGAAAGGAACUCCAUUUGAGACUCCCGACCAGAGCAAGGCCCGCUUCUACACAUACUGGGAGCAGAUGGACUAUGGUGUCCAGUUCACUGCCUCACGCAAGUUCCUCACCAUCGCCCCCAUCGUCCUCUACAUCCUCACCAGCUUCUACACCAAAUACAACCAGGACCACUUUGUGGUCAACGCGGUCUCCCUGAUGACUGUGCUCAUUCCCAUGCUCCCCCAGCUUCACGGAGUCCCGAUCUUUGGGAUUAACAAGCACUGA